ACAUUUUCAGUCAUCUAAAUAAAAUUAAUAGCACAUAUAGUAGCACGGUGGAAAUGCGGUUGGCACGUUUGCCUCACAGCCAAGUGAUCCCGGGUUGGACUCUGACUCAGACAUCUCUCUGUGGAGUUUGCAUGUUCUCCCCGUACUCCAGUUUCCUUCCAUACUUGAAUAACGUGCAUGCUACGUUAAUUGGAGACUCUUAAAUUGUCCAUAGUUGACAGUGUGAGUAUAAAUAGUUGUUUUCUUAUUUGUUCCCUUGUUCUUGAUGUCUAUUUUUCUUAGAAACAUACAAUAUCGAUAUACUGUAUGAAAUGAGUGGACAUGUCCUAUUGGAUUUGCUUCUGUUUCAAAAUACUGAGCAUGGCAUUGAGCUUGGCAUCAGUCAGGCGAUGUAGACCAAUGGCGCCUGACGUUUGACAACCACAACCUAAAUCACACCCAGCUUGAUCAUCCAUUUCACUGAAAGCGAGAUCAUCGUUUGCCGAAUUAGGUGAAAGUAAGCUUAAAAAGUCUAAAAGAAGAUGCAAUAUGAAGUUAUUCAUAGCAUUAGCAUUCAUUAGCAUUCAGGAAACCUGUUUUAGGGCGUUAAAAAGCAGAGGACUUGACUGCAAGUUCAACAUUACCGUAAUUUACGGUGUACAAGACGCACCGGUGUUGAAGCCGCACCCACCAAAUUUAGAGAGAAAAUGAGUUUGUUUCUUAUAUAAGCCGCAUCGGACUAUAAACCGCACACGUCCAUGCCAUAAAUUGGCAUGCACGAGUCCAUGAGGACCAAGUUCAGUGGCUCUAUAGGAGAUGUCACGAGCUUGGAAAAAAAUUAGCGACACUGCUGUAUAAGCCGCAGGAUUCGAAGUUUUAAGAAAAAGGUAGCGGCUUAUACACCGGAAAUGACGGUAAGUUUGAUUUGUUUGUAUUAGCUGUGUGGUCGCUAGCAAGUGUUUUUGCGUUUUAUGCUGGUUAUUUAUGUGUUACAGUGUAAAAGUCCAAGUGUGUGUUGAGACCAAUGUACUGGCCUUCAAACUCCGCUUUGCCACCAUCAAACAAGUGCCAACAAUUUCCCCCUCUAAUUAGAUGAUACCAGAACGCCCACAGAGCGUGUCCAAGUACUCAGUGUUCCAGUUUCUCCCUUCUACUCCGGAAGAAUGCUAACAUGCAUUUAAACGCAGGAGAGAGUGUGCUUUUUGUGGUGAUUACGUUUACACACCGGUGAUACUUUAGCAUAGGUUGGAGCUGAACAUGCCAGCCGUCAACCCAAUUUACAAACUACCUCCCCCCCGCCUUGAGGCCUUAUUCUGCACCAAAGGUUUUUCCUCAGUUGAUGUACUCAAGUACACAAAGGGGCCAGUUUGGGGGCCCACAUCAUGUUCAGUCCCCUACAGCGCAGUGGCAGGGUUGAUUCAACCACAGGCAGCAUGUCACGGGUAUUAUCACAUUACUGUGUUCUUGCUGCUUGCAAGGUAUCCAAAGAAAGUCAACUGACUUUGUUUAAUACACUGUUUCCUUAUGUAGAAGCCGGGGUGUUUAUUUAUUCACUCCUUCAUUUUAUACCGCUUAACCUGUUGAGGGUCAUGGGUAAGCUGGAGCCUAUCCCAGCUGACGUUGGGUGAGAGGCUGCGUACACCCUGGACCGGUUGCGAGUCAGUGACAGGAUACAUGUAGACAAUUACCCAUACUCACAUUCACACCUAUGGACAAUUUCGACUCUCCAGUUAACCUAGCAUGCAUUCCUUUUGUGGUAGAAAACUGCAGAAAGCUUGGGGAGAACAUGCAAGCUACACGCAGAGGUCCGCACAACCGCAUUUUCCAUCGUGCUGCUACUGUUUUUAUUCACUCAGCUGCAAAGAGUAGCAAGUGGGGGGGAGCUUUAUUUAUAUACAUGUAUUUGUAUCCUCACAAAAAUCUAACUAGAUUGCAUAUAUUAAGUCCUUUGUCUGGAAUAAAAUCCAUCCAGUCAUGUUGUCUGUCCCCCUCGUGACUAACUUUCUUGUGCCCCAUUCCAGUAAGAUGCACUGUCUUGUUGUAGUUUCUUGUUGUAGUGUACAAAGUGUGUUUAAGAGAUUAAAUGCAGAAUUUACACGUGAAAUGAGUUGUAGUUAUCAGUCCCAAUUUACCAUGUAUUUUGGUAUUAACUUUUCUAUUUAGUAUUAUCAUCCUGCUUCAUUUGAAAGACCACCUAUGAUCUGUCUUUGUCUUGCUGGAGAAGCUCGAGGCAGGCUGUGAGAGUAGUGAGUUACAGAUUUGUUGGAUGUCACUACACUAAAGUCACGCUGGCAUCGUUGUCAUCUCUCCUCUUAGCAAGGAGUCCUUUCCCUGCACUGGCUCACAGCUGCUCUCACUACUGUAGUUUUUUGGUGAUAUUUUAAGCAGACGGACCAAAAAAAUCACACGAAAACUAUAGAUUGAAAAAAACCUGACUUGACCUGCCUCCACACUCCUUCCUAAUACUUGUACGGUAGGCACUCAGCAUGAUGGCAGCAUCAUUUCAUCCUCCCUUUUUUACCUUGAGACAAUUGAUGAUGGGGGACUGAUACCAAAGUAUUGAUACCAAGGUUUUCACUGCUGGUAUUGAUGUCCUGUAACAGCAGUGAUUCUGUCUGUCUCUGUAUGCUGUGUUCAUGAAUUUAUACUACAAUUUUAAAAGCGACAGCCUUGACUAUUUUUGCAGGAACUACUUUUUCUUCCGCCUAGUGGUAAUGUUGUAAUUGUGUAAAAAAAAAACAAAAAACAAAGAGGUCAAAGUUUGUAGAUAGUAAAGCCCAGGCAAAAUAUAUUAAUUAAAGUAUAUUUUUAACAAUUUAAAAACUUAGUUACAUGUAAUUUUGUGUAACAUAACUAAUUAUGGUGUUUGAUUUGACAACUGAUAUUAGAUGUGUAUUUUCCCAAAUGUUCCCAAAACCCAUUACUUUGCCAGAGUAUCAUCACUAUUGGUAUUGGUGAUACCAAUCUAUGUUAAUUGGUACCGUAUCAGUAAAAAAAAAAAUGUGAUCAGCCCUCAGUCGUAAAAUGAAAAUUUUGAACGCAUCAAAACACAUGACCUAAUUUCAAUGAAACCUUGCUUUUUCAUGGUUAUACGCCUUACCGGUUCACUUGUUGAGUCCUUUUACUAUUAACGAAAGCUUCUCAGCUCCACCGAAUGAGUUUUUACAAUUUUAUUUUCUUAAAAGCUUAAGUGGUCCCAGUUCAUAAUCAGUCAGGAUGUUUCCUUCUGUAAGAAGAUGACUGACCAUGAUGAUCCUAUUAUCGGGGAUUGAAUGAUGUCUUGGACAUCCCUAAGCCAAUUCUAGUUGUUUUCAAUAGUUUGAUCCCUCUGAAAUAGAGUCACUUCUUCUCCAUGACCACAGGAUAUUUCUGCACACAUGAUUGUUUAACAAAUGAAAAACUACUUUGCAUCCGUUAUCUUGAAAAACUUGUUGCCAGCUGAAACAUACCGGUAUUAUUGAUUAUGAUGUUUAUUUUUUCCCAUUGUUACAGUAAAUCCAGGUAGUGACUUUAAAGGUGAGAUUGUUGAACAGCCUCUGAAGUGUUUGUUGUUUCCAUCCAUUCAUCCAUUUUGUGUACCACUUGUCCUCACUUACAGAGAAUAGUCUUUAUCACAGUUAAACGUGACCGCCUUGUUUCUGUGUUUUUCCUUUUAACUCAAUGCAGGUGUAGACUUUCCACUGAACCUCCCGUAACGUGACAGCUUAGCAACCCUUUUUCAUCAUCACACAUGAAAGCGCUACUUUGAAAAGUGCGCAGCUCUGUGACGAUCAUCCUUUGGAAGUGAACACUGGACAGACACAUUAGCUCAUCUCGCAUGAGAGCACACAACACACCAUCAGUGCCAGGAAGAUAGCAGAGUUAGCUUGAGGGAACACGUAACUGAUGGCUUUCAGGGGGUUGAAAAGUAGACAGAGCGUGGAGGUGACAUCAUAGCAGAUUCCAGACAGGCUGAGACUGAAGCAGGUGUUGCUCCUGUGUCAGCGCUGACGGCAGGGGGAGUGAGGAUAGUAGCACGCAAGGAAGGACCCUCCUCUGUGAUGGGUUGCAAGGUGGUGAUUGAGGACAGGGAUACUUACGCCUUAGUGGAGCGCUCCAAACUCUACUGUGGGAAGUGCUACAAGCAGGUGAUCCUCACACCCAUGUUGGAAAAGCGCUCACAUGACUCCAUUCUGGACUCCCUCCCCCACACUGUGACACUCAUCUCCAUGCCCUCUGCGGCCAACGGCAAGAGGGGCUUCUCUGUCUCUGUGCUGAGGGACGUUAACGGCUCAGCGAGUGUCCAAGUCAAAGAGGUCAGAGGGAUGCUCAUUAGUCCAGAGGUGCGCAAUGCCAUCCACGUUGGAGACAGGAUCCUAGAGAUUAAUGGACUUCCUGUGGGGACGUUGCUGGAGGAAGAGGUGGACGACCUCAUCCAUCGCACCAGUCAGACACUUCAGCUGCUUAUAGAAUAUGACCCAGUCAGGCAGCGUUUGGACCGGCUCAGGCUGGGAUCACCCAGGAACAUCCUGGGAGCGCCAGCAACGUCCCGCAUGCGCUUGUCCUCACCCUCGAACGCAGUCCUGGAGAGAACUGAGGCGGAUAACGGCACACUGAAGAGGAGGUCUUUGAGGCGCAGCAACAGCAUAUGUAAAUCCCCGGGGCCCACUUCCCCCAAAGAGCAUCUUUUUAUGACCCGAGACAUUGGACGCUCUGAAUCUUUGAUGUCCUCCAGUAGCUGCUCUCAUCGCAUCUUCAGGCCGUGUGACCUCAUCCACGGCGAGGUUUUGGGAAAAGGUUUCUUUGGACAGGCUAUCAAGGUGACUCAUAAAGCAACAGGAGAGGUGAUGGUGAUGAAGGAGCUGAUUCGCUGCGACGAGGAGACCCAGAAAACUUUCCUGAAGGAGGUCAAAGUAAUGCGGUGCCUUGACCAUCCUCACGUCCUCAAGUUCAUCGGUGUUCUCUACAAGGACAAGAGGCUCAAUUUGAUCACAGAGUUCAUAGAAGGAGGAACCCUCAAGGACUUCAUCAGAGACACUGAUCCAUUUCCGUGGGACCAAAGGGUGAGCUUUGCAAAGAGCAUCGCCUCUGGCAUGACCUACCUGCAUUCAAUGAGCAUCAUACACAGAGACCUCAACUCCCACAAUUGCCUGGUUAAACUGGACAACACCGUGGUCGUUGCCGACUUUGGACUGUCCCGACUCGUUGUCGAAGAGAAAGUGAAACCUCCCCCCGAAAAGAGCUCCACUAAGAAAAGGGCGUUCCGACGCAUUGACAGAAAAAAAAGGUAUACCGUGGUUGGAAACCCCUACUGGAUGGCGCCAGAGAUGCUAAACGGAAAGCGCUAUGAUGAGAAGGUGGACAUUUUCUCGUAUGGAAUUGUUCUUUGUGAGAUCAUUGGGAAGGUCUAUGCCGACCCGGAAUGCCUGCCCAGGACUAUGGACUUCGGUCUGAAUGUGGGCAAGUUUGUGGAGAAGUUCCUCCCUGAAGACUGUCCACCAGCAUUCUUUCCGCUGGCGGUGGCGUGCUGUGACCUCACGCCAGACAACCGUCCACCCUUCCAGAAGCUGGAGGACUGCUUCAAGGCUCUGUCCCUCAACCUGGAGCUGGGCAUCCCACUCCCAGCAGAACUGGAUGAACUCCAUCAGAGUCUGAGUCGGCUGCACUGGCCCAAAGACAGUUCCUCCCCGGUGCCAAGCACAGAUGAGCCACAACCCCCCAAAGAGGCCUCUCGGGAUUGUUCCAGCAUGUCAGACAAUGGCACUUAGGACCCGCCCUCCUUUUGACCCACGUAACCCUCUGACCUGCUGCACUAAUAACACGGGCGCGAAAAAGGAAAACUGUGAACAUAUGAGGACCAAAAUACCUGAUAUGGACUGUUCUAAACUUGCGCACAGGGAGGAUCCAUUUCAGUUGCGACCUUGUAUUCAACACUCACACAGGGGUCGUAUAAUGUUUACUGUACCGAAAGACAAUUAGCAGCUUUCUGUGGUCUGGUUGCAUCUUUCCACUAUUUUGCGAGUCAGGGUGUGAGAAGACUUUGUUUUUCUGCUGCUCGUGGAAUGCACGGCUCCAUGUUUGCCCAGCAGAGGGAUCCUUCCACCGACGUCAGCACGGCUGACAUGUCUGAGUAAACAGACGGCAGGUUCACGCAAAGCAGUUUAUUUUACUCUGAAAGAUUUGGGUUUUUGUUUCACUACUCAUCCGAGUUACACGCGUGUUUCUGGACUUUGUAGGUUUUUGCACUUCUAUUUUUUGUAGCCAUUUUUCAUAUUUUGGCCAAACUGGUCGUAUUUCCCAUCAAAUAAAUGCUGCUUUUUUUCUUUUAAAAAGUUGAACACUAUGACCUUUCAAACAUGUACAGAAGAACUGGAUUUGUUUUAUGUUCGCGUGUAUUCAAAUGUCAAUAUUGUACAGAAGUUGCUUUUUUGUAACGGGACAUUUUUAGAUUCACAUUUCAUACACAGUGGAUGUUGAUUUGCCUUUUUUUAGCGGCAUCAUGCAAGGUACUGACCAUCAACUGUAACCACUAUUUGAUCAUCAAUAGUGUUUCAUGAAUAAACCUUUAUCGCAGUGUUUGUCUAUCUUUGGGAUGCUAGCUCAUCACAGUGGAUCUGCGUUUGCAACCUCAAAAUGAAAAAGUAACCAUUUGCAUUUGGAUCAUUACAAUUACAGUACGUGUCCAUUACAAUGGUGAUAUCCAUAAUUGGGGGAAAAAAGUGAUUUACUUGAGCAUUGACAAUUGUGCUUUAAAUUAGCCAACGUCUAUUUUCACACAUUUUGGAGUAAAUGAAAAACGAGAGCGUCACGACUA